CACCCUCUCUCCUCGUGCUUGUGUGUGUGUGCGCGCGCGUGUGUGAAUAUCAGCUCCUCUAGCGUUCAGCACUGAGUCUAAUCACCGAGCUGAGACUCGGAGGAAACACUGUAGCACCGAAAAGCACCAUGGAGUAGUCCUUAUUUUCUCCUUUGAUGGAUUGUGCAUUCUGGCCGGAGUGUAAGGACACAGCAAUAGCGCGACCUCCAUUGACGUGACCGUGUUGGGAAAAUGGCCUCGGACAACAUGCAGCGUAGUUACUCCAUUAUACCGUGCUUCAUCUUCGUGGAGCUGGUCAUCAUGGCAGGAACAGUACUGCUGGCCUACUACUUUGAGUGCACCGAUUUAUUUGGCAUCCACAUCCAGGGCUUCUUCUGCAAUGACGCCGAGCUCAUGAAGCCCUACCCUGGCGUCGAGGAGAACAGUUUUAUCCCUCCGCUCAUCCUAUACUGUGUGGUUGCAGCGGCUCCCACCACCAUUAUCUUUAUUGGUGAAAUCUCCAUGUACAUGAUGAAAUCCACAAGAGAGGCUCUCAUUGCCCAGGAGAAGAUGAUUGUUACUGGAGAAUGUUGCUACCUGAAUCCACUCAUUCGCAGGAUCAUCAGGUUUAUCGGUGUGUUUGCGUUCGGCCUGUUUGCGACCGACAUCUUCGUGAACGCUGGGCAAGUGGUGACAGGAAGCCUGGCACCGUACUUCCUGACCGUCUGCCAGCCAAAUUACACAGGCACCGAGUGCCGCCUCAACCACCAGUUCAUCUCCAACGGCAACAUCUGCACAGGGAACCGGGUGGUGGUGGAGCAAGCCAGGAGAUCCUUUCCAUCUAAAGACGCCUCGCUCAGCGUCUACUCUGCGGUCUACGUCACUAUGUACAUCACGAGCACCAUCAGGACAAAGAGCAGCCGUCUGGCAAAGCCGGUGUUGUGUCUGGGGACGCUGUGUGCUGCGUUCCUUACAGGGCUGAAGCGGGUGUCGGAGUAUCGAAAUCACUGCUCGGAUGUCGUGGCUGGAUUCAUCCUGGGAGCCUCCAUCGCUCUGUUUUUGGGACUGUGUGUGGUGAAUAACUUUAAAGGUGCUCACUCGACCCCGACCAAAAGGAAGACGGAGGAGUACCGCGGCCUCCCGCUCAUGACGUUCCCCCGUGUGGAGAGCCCACUAGAGACCCUCAGUGCACAGAACCAUUCAGCAUCCAUGACUGAAGUGACUUGACUAAGGGGCCGGCACAGAGUCACCUUCACUUCACCUCAACACUUCUAGGCACAAGAUGUUUUUGUACUGUCGCAUACUGUAAAAAAUAAAUAAAAAAAAGAACAAAAAGAAGGAAAACAAAGAAAAUAGUAUUAUGUUGGACCAAGUUAGAGGCAAGUGUUUUGUACAUUUUGUAAAACACAGUGCUGUAGCUUAUCCUUCUGUUCUUUCCGAUUCCACAUCUGGAGUUACGACUUCCUCGUCAUGUUCUACAUCACAACAAAAUCAAGUCUAUAUAUGAUGUUACUCAGCUAUCGGUGUUAUGUGGUAUUUGUACAAAGGAUUCUUUAAUUCCUGUUUAUUCCCUUCCCCCUGUCAAUUUUUUUUGACAAAGAUCAUAUUUUUGGUAUUAUUUUUUAUCUGUAUAAAGCAUUUUUGAUCAACAUUGCUUGUUAUUUCUCCAGGAAUGUUUUUUGGUAUUCUUUUUUUUUAUUUAAUUUUUUAUGUAAUAUAAAGAUACAUUUUUUUUCAAUAACAUCUCAAAAUUGUCUUUAGCACUGCAUGGAAGUACGCAGACAUUUGACGAACAUUUCAUUCUUGUGCGUUGUUUUUCAUUUAUGGAUUCUUUUGAAAUGCCGAAUAUAUUUUUUUGAUUCGUCUGUCAAAUAAAUAGUCUGUAGUUGGAA